CCUAAACAAAGUGCGAAUCGCCUCAGCCGCGGCCGAGUGACAGAAGAGCCGAGCGACUCAUAGCUGCUCGUCGCCUGCCCUCGCUUCGCUCGGCUACGCACAGGCAAGGAUUAUCAGAAAUGGAUCCCGGAUAAAGGAAAAGGAAGAUUCCAGAAAGACCGCGGCGAGAGCGCCCGUAGCAGUGGAGCGGCCCACGGCCGCGAAGCGCUUUAGCACCAGGACGCAGCUGACCGACUCGCCGGUCAUUGUGCGGGAAGAGCUGGACUCGCCCCUUCGCUAACAUCGAGUGUUGUCCAUCCUGAUUCUGUUCUAGAGGAGCUCAGCCCCUUACCAUCGCCAAGAUAGCCGGGCCAGGCAGGAAGAGGCACACCUCAGAUCCAGAUCCCAGCAGCAGUAGUGACUCCAGCGACGGGCAGCCCGUUGGCGCCAAGUGCUUGAAGAUGGCAAGCAGCAGUGGGAGUAGCAUGGCCGGUAGUGAGACAGUGGGCCGUCGCAGUGGGACUCAGCAGCAGAGAAGAGGCAGUGGUCCAGACAACAGAGCAGAUAUGUCCUCCAGCAAGAAGAAGCAGAAGGACAGAGCGAACCAGGAGAGCAGAGAGGCCAAGAGGGCAGCAGCUGGAGUUAUUGCUGAGGCCAAGAAAGAUGUGUUUGUGGACUGGAAGCAGAAUGCCAAUGAGGUGAUUGUCAGGCUGCGCUGUGGAGAGGAAGUGCAGCGGGUCGAGGAUGUUGGAACAACCUUCACAGAUACACACUGCCACAUACAGUUCCCAGAUGGGCGCCAGUGGGGCUGUCGGUUGCAGGAGGAGAUCGAGGCUUCCUGUAGCAGGGUCCAGUACAAGGAGAAGGGAGGGUUCCUGUUGCUCACCAUGCACAAGAAGAUUCCCUUCCAUAUCUGGCCUUCAUUAAUGUCAAACAAAAAGGACAAGGAGCCAGUAACCACAGUGACCAAGAGCGGCAAUGAGCAGUUCACCUCGCCUCUGGCAAAGAGCAAAAAGAAGUCUGUUUCCUCUGAGUUAGAAGAGAAAACAAAACUGUCAAGCCUCCAACCCCAGCCUCCCGCCUCGCCUGCACGCAGUGAGCUGAGACGCAGCAGUGGCAAAGCAGACCGGGGCAUUAAACGCUCCCUUAAAAACAAACAAGUGGUUGACAAACCCUCUGUGGACUCUGUUGGGGUGAAAGAUGGAGCAGGAGAUGGGACAGCUGACAUUAACAGGCCUGCUACUAUCACCAGGGGGGACCAGCAACCUCUUGAACCUAGUGCAAAGCACACCACGGUACGAGCCUCUAAGACCACUAAGGAGGCUACAUUAGCAGCUGACGGGGACUCUCCAAAAGCUACAGCAGCCAAUGGGAAAGAGCCACAGACACAGCCAUCCGCUGGUCAGAGCUUGCAGACAGACCCCAGGGAUGGAGAGAACAGGGUGGAGAGAAUACGUAAUGGCCGGGAACAUAGACCUGUAGUGGCCUCCACUGCCGCCACCCAUGCCCAGGUGGAGGAAAAACGAGAUGAGUCCUGUGACACGGAACAAAAGACUAGGGUGGCAGCAGAUGCCAGUGAUAACCCACCAGUAGCCCCUGUAGAUAUAAGUGAGCGCCUCAUGCCCAGGGGCUCCAUCAAUGAAACUGGCCCAGAUUCUUCAGACAGGGUGGGAGAGUCCCAUGCAGACAGAACUGACUCUGAUGCAGCGAGAAAUCCUGCUGAGGGUGAAUCAGAGCUGAGUGCUGUGAUCCAACAGCAACCUGGAUCUAGAGAGGCAGGUUCAGCACAAGCUACGGGUUCAAUCACCAAGCAGACUGAGUUGUCAAAUCAAAAUCUGGAGCAGGGAAGCUGUGAUGGAGAGGAGAAAAGGGACCAGUCAAAGGAGGAGCCUCCCCUGGUGAUGAAGCAAGAGGAAGACCCGGAGCCCAUUGUGAACCUGCAGUUUGUCAAGAAUGAUUCGUAUGAGAAAGGCACAGACCUCAUGGUGGUUAAUGUUUACAUGAAGGGGAUAUGUAGGGACACAGCUAGAGUCAUCUUCAGGGAACAGGACUUCACUCUCAUCUUCCAGACCAGUGAUACUAAUUUUCUGCGGCUUCAUGCAGACUGUGGACCAAACACAGUCUUCAAGUGGCAAGUCAAACUCAGGAACUUGAUCCAACCUGAGCAGUGUAGCUACUCCUUCACACCGUCCCGCCUGGACAUCACUCUGAAGAAAAGACACAGCCAGCGUUGGGGGGGCCUGGAGGCCCCUGCCACACAAGGUGCAGUGGGUGGCGCCAAGGUCGCUGUGCCCUCCAGCCCUGCCUCCAUGGAGAAGAGCCAGCCAGGCAGCAGUCAUCAUAGCCUCCCCGCCAAGGAAGAGCCUCCUCGGGUAGGCGAAGAGAAACCCAAGGUCCCCAAGGCCUCCCCAAGAGUGGAGGAUGGAGAUUUGGAUCCUGUUGCUCCUCGUUCUGUCCCUGAACACGUCCCUAUUGCCAAGCCGGAGCCUGCUGCCACCACGCCAAAGCCCACUUGCAUGGUGCAGCCCAUGACGCAUGCGCUUCCUGCCAGCAAUGACCGUCACGAGGAAGAGGAGGAGCGCAAAGUGUGCCUACCUGGAUUCACAGGAUUGGUCAACCUCGGCAACACGUGCUUCAUGAACAGCGUCAUCCAGUCUCUGUCUAACACCAGGGAACUCAGAGACUACUUUCAUGACCGAGCAUUUGAAUCAGAGAUCAACUGUAAUAACCCGCUGGGCACAGGGGGCAGGUUGGCCAUUGGCUUUGCCGUGCUGCUCAGGGCCCUUUGGAAAGGCACACACCAUGCCUUCCAACCUUCAAAGCUCAAGGCGAUUGUGGCCAGUAAAGCCAGUCAGUUCACAGGCUAUGCCCAGCAUGAUGCCCAGGAGUUCAUGGCCUUCCUACUGGAUGGGCUCCAUGAGGACCUGAACCGCAUCCAGAACAAGCCCUACACCGAGACUGUCGACUCAGAUGGACGGUUGGAUGAGGUGGUUGCAGAAGAGGCUUGGCAGAGACACAAAAUGAGAAAUGACUCCUUUAUUGUGGACCUCUUCCAGGGCCAGUUCAAGUCCAAGCUCGUAUGCCCCAUGUGCUCCAAGGUGUCCAUCACAUUUGACCCCUUCCUUUAUCUUCCUGUCCCAUUGCCUCAGAAACAGAAGGUGCUCACAGUCUUUUACUUCGCUAAAGAACCUCACAAAAAACCUGUCAAGUUCCUGGUAAGUGUGAGCAAGGAGAACUCUAGCACAGCAGAAGUCCUGGAGUCCAUUUCCAGAAAUGUGAGGAUUAAACCAGAAAACCUCAGGCUGGCAGAGGUGGUUAAGAGUCAUUUCCACCGAAUCUUCCUGCCUUCCCACUCCCUGGACACCGUGUCCUCUUCCGACAUGCUUUUCUGCUUUGAGGUGUUGUCCAAAGAACUGGCAAAAGAGAGGGUGGUGUUGCUCAGGGUCCAGCAGCGACUCCAGGUCCCCAGUAUCCCCAUCUCAAAAUGUGCCGCCUGCCUAAAGCCUCCCCUGUCCGAGGAAGAGAAGCUGAAGCGCUGCACUCGCUGCUACCGUGUGGGCUACUGCAACCAAGUUUGUCAGAGGAACCACUGGCCCAACCACAAGGGUCUGUGUCGUCCCUAUACGGAGAAUGUAGGCCUUCCCUUCCUGGUCAGUGUGCCAGAGUCCCGACUCACCUACACCCGCCUUACCCAGCUGCUAGAGGGCUACUCCAGGUUUUCAGUCAACGUAUUCCAGCCUCCUUACCAAUCUGGCAGGACAUCACCAGAAACCUCCCAGUGCCGUGCAGACCUCCCUCCACUAUCAUUAGGCACGCCUGAGGGUCUGGGUUCAGGAGAGAAGGCCAUGGGUAGUAGUAGCACUUUAGGAACAGGUGAUAUGGAGCUUGAGAGCCCAACUCUCAUACCUGAAUCCCAGGCAGAAUCUGCCCAGGCAUCAGCUUUCCAGUCAGGGGAGCCAGAAUCCUUCUCCUCUCGGACUUCACACCCCAUCAUCCGGACCACGGACUCAGGAUUUUCUGAGCCCCCCUCCUACACCUCCUGCUGUUCUCAUGACCCUCAGGCUGAAAAAGAGACAUCCUGUGAGAAGGCAGUGAGACCAGAAGCUGCAGUAACAGGGUACCAGCAACCAAGUGAGUCUGCGUCGGGUCAUGCCAGUCAAUUCUACAUUUCUCUGCUAGACCCGAACAACAAGGAGCAGAGACUGGAUGAGAAAGCCUCCGCAGACGACACGCUGGUGGACAUCCCGGAAGAGGCAACCCUGGAGUUGGUUUGGAAGAACAAUGAGCGUUUAAAGGAGUAUGUCCUUGUGCGCUCCAAGGAGCUGGAGUUUGAGGAGGACCCGGGCUCUCUGAGUGAGACAGCCAGAGCAGGGCACUUCACUCUGGAGCAGUGCCUCAACCUCUUCACCAAGCCUGAGGUGCUGGCACCAGAAGAGGCAUGGUACUGUCCAAAGUGCCAGCAGCACCGCGAAGCCUCUAAGCAGCUGCUGCUGUGGCGCCUGCCCAACGUGUUGAUCAUCCAGCUCAAACGAUUCUCUUUCAGAAGUUUCAUCUGGAGAGAUAAGAUCAACGACAUGGUCGACUUUCCUGUCAGGAACCUCGAUCUCAGUAAGUUCUGUAUUGGCCAGAAGGAUGAGAUGCAGCAGCCCCCUAUAUAUGACCUGUAUGCAGUCAUCAACCAUUACGGGGGCAUGAUAGGAGGCCACUAUACAGCCUAUGCACGGCUGCCCAGCGAUAAAAACAGCCAGUGCAGUGAUGUCGGAUGGCGUCUUUUCGACGAUAGCACUGUGACAACGGUGGAGGAGAGCCAGGUGGUGACCCGCUAUGCUUACGUCCUCUUCUACCGCCGGCGGAACUCCCCUGUGGAGAGGCCACCACGCUUCUUGGGACCGCUGGGGGCCGAGUCGCCCGCUGCUGCAGGAGCCACAGCCAGCCAGGCUUCUAGCCAAGCACUAUUUGGGGCAGACCUGGAUCCUGACGGGCCACCCACGCUGACCCCAGAAUUGCCGUCUGACCUCUUUGCUCAUUCUGGGGAAUGUGCCGCUCCAUCCUACACCAACAUGGAGGAGGUGGAUUAACCGUGACACGGACUAACCGAAUACGGAACGGAGCUGAAGAUUCCGGACGAAUCCCGGCAGAUUCCAUUUAGUUCCCGGUGGCGGCCGAGCGACCCGACGGCUCCACGGGGAAGGUUGUGCAGUAGCCACAAGCUACUCCUCAGCUUAAAGACACUUUAGUGUACACGAAUUACAUGGGCAUCUUUGGGUGUCCAAAUAAUGGUGCAAUGUUAGCGGGUGUGAAGGUGGUAAGUGGGGAUUAGACUGUAUACUCGUGAAAAUUGUGCACGUGCACAGGCAAAUGUGGAUAAAGUUAACACCUGCAGACCGAUCAUAAACGCAUUUAGUGACGUGUAUACCGGCCUAUUGAUACAGACCUACCACCUGUACAGUAGUAAUACUCACACAAUGCAUAUAGUAACAUGCAAAUACCCAGACGCUACACUUCUAUAGCCAUAGAGAUCCCCCUCCCUGCAGCCCAUUCUAAGCUGACCCAGUUUUCUUUUUCAACCACCGAUUGAAGUAAAUAGUGGCGAGCCUUUUCAGGCUUUCUUACCGAUGCUCAUUUUAGUCUAGCAUAAGACUAAAACCUCACUGCUAACCUUGACCAGACCCAUUCACCUCUUAAGAAUGGUCUUACUGAACAAGCAAAUGCUGAUUAUAGGGCAUAUAUGAUAAAUUCAGCAAGUUGGGGAAUUGGGAGUGAUUACUGUUCCUGUCUGGGUUUUUUUUUUCCUCGUUAAGGUAUUCCCUCGUCUCAUGUAUUUGUGCCAGAUUGUCGUGUAACCUGGAUUAAAAUUGUAGCAGUUGACGUCAAAGGAAAAAGUGAUGGUUGCUCUUUUUUUCUCUUUUCCCCCCACCCACCCCCAUUAUUUUUUCCUAAACACGUGAGAAGUGGUUUCCCCAUCGUUUGUCGACUAGCCGAGUUUAAUUUGUCUUUUCCUUCAGUUUCCUUUUUUUACCUGUUUGUUCACUAGAUCCUGUCGGUGUGCUCUUCAAAGGCUUCGUAUACAAAGAAAUGUGCAUGACUUGCAUGUUCAUACACACGGUAGACCCCCACGUCACACUGUUGUGCCCCCCCCCCCCACACACAGACACACACACACAACCGCAUUGAUUUUUGGUUUCUUUUUGAGCGUAUUGUUUUGUACGCCCCUUUGCACCCUUCCUUUGUAUGGGACUACGUAUAUAAUGUGGGGGGCCCAUUAAGAGUGUUGCUGUGAAUACAAUAUAAAUGGUAAUAUAAAUAAAGACCUUUUUGA